AUGUUGCUGGAGCCAAACCAUAUCAAUAUUCUUUUAUCAUUUGUACGUUCAAUAGCAAGAUCAAAUGAUCCUUAUCAAUUAUUGUUACAUAAUAAACGUUCUUCAUUGUUACUUGAUUCAUUAUUAAAGCAAAUUAUCGAUCGUACUAAUUCUAACCAUCCACUUAUAAUCGAUCAACGUUUAGAAAAUAUUGUUAUUGCUUUAGCUUAUUUAGCUGUUGAACUACAAGAUAAAUGUCAAAUUCGUCAGGAUAUUCUUAAGGUUUUACUCGAAAUUUAUCCGAGAAUACCAACAGCAAAGUACUAUGAAGUGGCUUCAUGUAAUUACAAACAUGGAUUACCUCCAGCAGAGGUAUUUAGCUUUUGUUUGCAUACAGCUCUAACUGAAAUUGCAUCAACAUCACACGAUGCAAAGACAAGAGACAAUAUUAUGUCUAAUAUGGCGGAUAGCGUUCGGAAGAUUGUUGAACGUUUACGUAAAGAUGCUCAUAGUCAUGCGACAGAGAGAUAUCAAGUAAUCUAUCGAUUUGAAGUACCAUAUCUAUUUGGAGCAUUAAGAUCCAUUGGAAGAAUAUCUGGAUCCGAUCAAAGUCUAAUGUCACAACUAUUUCCAAUAAGUUUUAAUUCCAUAACACAAUCGAUUCAUAUUGAAAAACAAGAAUUAACGAAUAAUAAUUUAGCGAAUGUAACAAAUAGCCCAAUUGCAUUUCGUCCGAUUAUUUCGAAAGUUUUAUCAAGAAGUGUUCUCUCAGCAACUAAUGAUAGUAUAUCACAGUUAGCGCAUUCAAAUCCUUUACUAUUAAAUGACGAUCAACGUGAUUAUUCAGCAACAUAUCAAUCCCUUUCGUUGGCAGAGAACAGUGAACUGUACAUAUGGAAGGAUGAUCUUCCAAUCGAUACUCUAUUUUUUUCCGUCUCUGGUUCAACAUAUCUUAAUCGUCAAAUAGCGUUAUCAAAUGUUACUUCUACUCGUUUUCGCGUUUGCCUUACUGUUCCUGUAUUGGAACAUAUACACGAAACAUUGCAAUUGAUCGACAGUCGUGUUGUUAAAUUUCUGGAUAAAGCAGCAAUUACUGAAUAUGAUUCCAUUCAUCGAUCUCAGGUCUUUAAAGUAAACUCCAAACAUAAUUUUCCAUAUACAUAUUUUGGUGACAUUCUUAUCUUAUGCGUUAUUAAAUUCUUUCGUGAUAAUCUUGAUUUGAUAAAUAAAUCUACUGAACGAUACAUAUCAAUGACAAAAGCUACUUAUUUGUUUGUUCAACAAUUGAUAACAAUUAAAUUAUUAGACUUGGACAAUGAUGGUUAUAGAAAUGAUAUACAUCGUUAUCGAACACGUGUGGAUGCGAAUGCAGCAGCAUUAGAAUUGCUUUGUUUAUCCUGCGAUGGUGAAAUAGAAGCUGAAAAAUUAUGUACGAAAUGUGCCGAAAAAUUCACUCAAGAUACCAUAAGUAUGAAAUUAUUGGCUUGUCAAAUGCCAUUGUUAAUUACAUCGUUAGAAAUACUAAGCCGAUUAGCAGAAAAAUAUAAAUCAUUGGCAACAUAUUCCAUUCGAGUUCUCUGUGAUUUUCUAACUGAACCAUCACCGUUACUCUCGAAAUUAUACCGGCAUACGCAUCAAAAGAUUAAUGAAGAACAACAAAAUUCGCUGUCGAAUGAUAACCGUCAAAGUUCAAGAGAAUAUCGAGCGUUUCAAAUAUUUGAAAGAUUACGAGACAUAGCAAUUGAAGGUUUAUGCAAACAAACAUCAUUGGUAGCUCACAAUGCUAUUCUUACCUUGGGCCAUAUGGCCAUAGCCUUAAAAGAUGUUCAGCACACACAACAAUCCAUUUUAGCUCGUUUUCAACAACGUCUUGGUGAUCCGCCAUCCCCACUCGAUAUUCUAAUUAUUAACCAAAUCGGUUGUAUGCUUAUUUCGAGCCUUCCACAAGCAACUUACGAAGAAAUUAUCAGAUUAUUUACCGAAAUAAUUGUCAAUUCAACCUAUCCAUCAAAUGAUUCUACACACGAAUUAACCAUUACAGGUCGACAUCCAAUAAAAUAUAAGCAAGCAUCGAAUGCCGUCAUUAAUGCAUUGGCUAAUGUUGCUGCUAAUAUUCAAGGAACAGUAGAACUAAUGAAUCUUCUAACCAGUAUUCUAGAAUUGUUUGUUCAAUUGGGCUUACGAGCAAAAGAUGCAAGCGAAAAAUCGACUAAGAAUGCUUUGAAGGUUUCAAAUACAGCUGGCAGUCUUGGCGUAUUGAUUCCUGUUAUUGCUGUUGUUAUGCAACGCAUUACUGUUAUAAGUGAACCGUCCGAACGAGUUUUUCGUUUAUUUCAACGGUUUUGGUUUUAUUGUGUUCUAUAUGGAUUUGCUGAUCCAGAUGGAGGCUUAUGGCCAUCAGAAUGGCAUGAUUGUGUACGAUUGAUUGCAACUAAAUCGCCAACACUAGUUUCUCAACAUGUAUCAUAUGUGCCGUUGAAGGCUGCCAUGCCAUUGAAAGCAGAGCAAAUCACAAAAGAAGACAAUAACGCAUUAAAAUAUAAAUUGAACAGUAUAUUUUCUUCUUACCCAAGUGCUAAACCAUAUAUUGAUCGGUUUGGUUUCGAACAAAGUGCUUAUACACUUUCCGUGUAUUAUCUUGAAACGUAUCGAGUUCGAUAUUCACUUGUACCAUUGGCAUUUCAAUCUAUAUUUUCUUAUCUUGAAGAUCCAGGCUUGAUCAGAGAUAAAUUCGGUCUAUGGACACUGAUGAUAGCAGUAGGAAGAAAAGGCUUUGAUAUAUAUGUCGAAGAAAUGAAAAAAUUGCCAAAAAGUCCUGAACGAAAUAAAAAUCUUGAAACUCAAUGUCAAUUUUUUAUGAUUAAACGAACACAUGUUCGACCAGAAGUACGAGAAGAAGCAAAAAUCUAUCUUCAUUCGUUGCUAUCGAAAAAUGCUUUUCCACAUUUAUUCUGCAACGUAGUUGUGAUUGAAACUCUGAUGAAUAUUAUUAAUAUUCUUUCGUAUUCAUUAAAUGAAGAUAAUCUACAUAAAGUUAUCGCUCAUCAUCGUGUACCAGAUACAGGUUAUACUAUUCAAUUUGUUGAUACUCACGAAAAACGAUUGGAACUUUUCAAUGCAUUUGUCGAUUUCGGUCGCAUGUUCACCGAACAAUCUCUGAUGAUAUCACCGACAUUACUUAAAUCAUGUAUACAACAAUACAUGCUCAAACUUGAACAAGGCCGACGAAAUUCCGAUAUUGUUCGUCAACACCGAGGUCUACAUGUUAUGUGGGAAUAUUUAAGUACAUCUUCAAAAGCCGUUGAUACUAGUUCAUCAUCUACUGGAACUAAAAUGUACUAUCGAACAGAUUUCGCUGACUAUAUGAUAUCAUUAAGUGAAAGAAAUGCAGCCGUUGGCUUUGUUGAAGGACUCGAUCGUAAUGAUUAUCGAACAGCAUUGGAAAACAUUAGAAAAGAAAUGGAAAACGCUGUUCAUAAUCGAUUGUAUUCACUUGAAAAAUUUAAAUCAUUACAACAGCGUCGUCGGCGAAUGUCAAUUGCUGCACCAAUUAAUGAUAAAGGAAUUGAAUUGGAUUUCGAAGAAAGAAUUGCUAUUUUUGAUAGCAAUUUUCGGAAUGGUCUUUUUAAGUUAACAGCAAUGUUAAUUCAUAAUAUAGAUAAUUCGGAUGAUAACGAAAAUGAAAUGAGUUUCACAACGAUUGGUAAUCAAACUUAUAGAAAUGAUAAACCGAAAGUGACUGCCCUUGACCGGGAUAUGGUUCAUGCAUUAAUAUGGCUUCCGGUCAAAAUGUUUACGACAUCUGUGAUGGAAGCUGCUGUUGAUUGUUGGUCUUGGGCGAUUGUGGGUCGACCGGAACUUGAACUAUUAAUUGUUGAAGAGAUCUAUAAAGUAUGGGAGAAAGUAAUCAGCGAUUGCCACGGGUUAUAUUCCAUUGAUAAACCAGAACCGUCUCCACUUGCACCAUCCGAAAAAGAAGAAUUAAAACCCAAACCACCGUCUGUUAAUCCGCAUCUAAUAUUGUUUAAAUUCAUUGAAGAACGUGUCUAUUUAUGCAUGCAUAAAGCAGAUAUUGAAAUGGAAAUGCUUAAUGAUUUAUUACAUAAAUCUCUUUCAUUAAUAUUAGAAAAUCCUCGAGCACCAAUGACAAAACAUGUUAGUGCUGUUGGCCUGAGAUUUCGACUGUUAUAUCUUGCACUCUAUCUGGUACAAAGUGAUUAUUUAGCUAAUGGCGUGUGUAAAUAUUUACUACGAGAAAAAGUUUAUCAUACAGCAUUUGAUUAUUUUACUGUUCGUCAUCAUUAUCCGACUCAAUCACAAAAUGAAUUAAGAAAUGAUAUUCGUAAAUUAAUCCGAUUUUUUUCGUUAGUUCAUGGUGAAAAGAAGUUUUGUAAUGAUACAACACUGACAGUUGAGUUAGAUCGUGUUUUAAUGAAUGGACACCAUAAUAAUGAUGUCAGUGAUUCGUCAUCAAAAGCUGGAGCACCAUCAGGAUGGAUUAAUUCAUUAGCCGGCGGUGGAGGCGCCGCCGCAGGAGCUGUCGGGCAGUCAACACUAAGUCGAAAAUCUGGAUCAGCAAAGCAUACUGAGAAAAGUCACGAUGGACGAAUCUUAUCUCGAGAUUUACUCAAAAAACGUAAUCUUCUUCUUACGUUACUUGCAUCUGAAAUUGAACGUUUGGAAACGUUUCAUAAUCCAUUGGGUCGCGCAGACCUUCAAAUUGAUCACAAUACGCAGUCAACAUACACAAAUUGGAAAGUCUAUGAUAUGAAUGGAAUUUCAAAUAAAGCUUGGCGAGAAUAUGGACGUGUCGCUUGGCUUAUUUCGCCUGAUUUAGCCAUUACUCUUUAUUAUACAAUUCCAAAAGAAUCGUUACGUAAUGAAAUUCAAUAUCUUGUUAAAUCGUAUCCACUACUAGUUCGACACAUUCCAGAGGCUCUAUGCAUUUUUACAGCUACAGCAGAAAACGAUCGUCAAUGCGAAACAUCGAUUAUUCUUACUUGGGCUCCUAUUGAUCCUGUUACUGCACUAUCGUAUUUUGCUAGUGCAAGACUUAAUCAGGUGGCAAAUUCAUAUACAAUUCAAUUUGCUUCUCGUAUGCUUUAUACAACAAAAGCUGAAGCACUUAUUCUAUACAUUCCUCAGUUGGUACAAGCCAUUCGUUAUGAUGAAAUGGGUUUUGUACGCCGUUUAAUAUUAGCAUUAUCAGGAAAAUCAAAUUUAUUAGCACAUCAACUUAUUUGGAAUAUACGAACGAAUACAUUUAAAACUGAAACUACACCUGAUCAUGAAAUGCAAAAGAAAUUAGAGCCCAUAGCUCAAGAAAUUGAAUUGAAUUUCACGCCGGAUGCAAAGAAAUUUUACGAGCGUGUUUUUCAAUUUUCGGAUAAAUUAACUAAAGUAUCAGAUAUAAUUAAAGUUUUUCCAAAAGGAAAUGAUCGUAAAGAAGCUUGUCUCCAAGCGCUACGUGAAAUUGGUGCUGAAGUGCCACCAGGUGUUUAUCUUCCAUCGAAUCCAGAAGCUAUCGUGGUUUCAUUACUACUAGAAAGUGGAGCACCAAUGCAAAGUGCGGCUAAAGCUCCCUAUCGAGCAACAUUCCGUGUUCAAAGUGUUGGUAUCGAACAAGUUGAACGCUGUGCUGAUCCCGGUUACGAAUUUAUGCAAGACAUUAGUAAUCAAUAUUCUCAAAUGGCUAUUUUUAAAGUUGGAGAUGAUGUUCGACAGGACAUUUUGGCUUUACAAUUGAUGCGAUUGUUUCAUAAUAUAUUUGAACAAGAAGGAUUAGAACUAUAUUUAUAUACAUAUCGAGUUAUUGCCACAAGUCCUGGUUGUGGUGUUAUUGAAUGCGUACCGAAUUCUCGUUCACGUGAAGAUAUCGGUAGAAAUACAGAAGUAGGCUUGUUUGAUUAUUUUCGACAUGUUUACGGAAAAGAUGAUUCAAUAAAAUUUCAAAAAGCACGUCGAAAUUUUGUCAUUAGUAUGGCUGCUUAUUCAGUAGCACUUUUCAUGUUGCAAAUAAAAGAUCGCCACAACGGAAAUAUCAUGAUUGACGACGAAGGACAUAUUAUUCAUAUUGAUUUUGGUUUUAUGUUUGAAUCAUCACCUGGUGGAAAUAUGAGAUUUGAACCAGAUAUUAAGUUAACCGCUGAAAUGAUUCUUAUUAUGGGCGAUCUAACCGCUCCGGCAUUCCUGUGGUUCAAAGAAUUAUGCAUCAGAGGUUAUUUAGCGUUAAGACGUUAUCGUACUCAUUUUGUAACACUUAUUGCAUUAAUGUUGGACACUGAAUUACCAUGUUUUCGUGGCCAUACAUUAGAACAAUUAAAUGCUCGUCUUAAACCCGAGGCAAGUGAAGCCGAAGCAGCUCGUUAUAUGCAUGAAGUAAUUAAUCGUUGUGCACACAGUUUAAGAACGCGUAUUUAUGAUUACAUUCAAUUUCAACAAAAUAAAAUUCCUUAUUAA